AUGGAUGAUAUUCCAUUAGAAACUAGGACUAAUGUAUUUUUCCAACAAGAUGGAGCACCUGCACAUAAUGCAAUUGUUGUUCAAGAAUAUCUGCAGAGUACAUUUGGUAAUCGAUGGAUGCGUACAUAUGGGGCAGUAGCUUGGCCCCCCAGAUCUCCGGACCUUACGCCAUUAGAUUUUUUUUUGUGGGGACAUUUGAAAAAUGUUGUCUAUUCAAUUCCACCUUCAAAUGUUCAGGACCUAAAAAAUAAAAUUGUAAAUGCUUGUGCAGAACUUCAAAGAGAACAAAUUUUAGCAGCUACUCAAACGGAAGUAAUGCGGCGUCUGCAGUCGUGCAUGGAGAAUGAUGGGCUAAAUUUUGAACAAUUUUUAAGAUAG